AGGGACCGGAUUUCGUCCCGUUACUGUACGGACACGGAUUUCAAUCCGUGAUGUACUGUAACCGUUGGAUGGGUAGUUAAUUUGAUCCAACGGUUGGGAUUCAUGUAGGGGUUCAUGUAGGGGUAAUUAGGUAUGAAAAAAUGGCUACCGGUUACUUUUUUUGAAAUUUAAAUUUAUUAAAAAUGGAAAAGUGAAAAGUGACAUCCAUCCAUCAAUCAAGUCUAAUCAACCGUCGUACUCCUCCACUCCUCCACUUCUUCACUUUCAUUUUCUUUCAUUGUUCUAUUUAUCAUUCGUUUUUCCAUUUUCGUCUCUGCUAGGGCAAAGUUCUUCCUCUUCCAUUUUCUUUUCAUUUUCCAUUUUGUUUUUCCAUUUUCUAUUUUCGUUUGAGGUAGUAAAAACCAUAUUGUACAUUGUGGUGACUGUGGUGUACAUUACUCGAAGUGCCAUUGUUGGAGUUGUUAGAGGGGGGUGUCGACGGUGUGGAGGUUGAGGUGGUGAAGGGAGUUUGCAUAUCUUUGUCGAGGUUUAUAAAAUGGUAUUUAAACGGAAGAGGGGGGCUGCUGCAGACAAAAAGGAUGCAGCAGAGAUAAAGAAGAAGGAUCCGAAGGAAGCUUGGCCGAAGUACUACCAAGCCAAUUUCUAUGCUUAUGCUGAUGCACACAAAGAGAAACCUAAAGCAGAUGUGCUUCGUAGUUUUAAGGAGCAAUUCAAGCUUCUUAGCGAUGAAGAGAUUGAGAAUUGGGCUGCAUACGAAGUCGAGGCUUCCCCCUCCAAGGUUGGUGGUAGAGGGAAAGGGAAGAAGGUGAAGGAGACAUUAUCUGCUGAGCCAGGGAUUGACAACAACGAAGGUGUGGGGGACGUUCAAGUUUCUGGUCGUUGCUCAUUCGAGCGUUUGGGGAGAAUAGUCCCACUGCUCAACGAGGCUCAAAAAGAAAUGGUGAGAAAUGCCGGUUUCUCAACAUUUUUAAGGGAGGAUGCCCCGUACAUAGACGCUAAGAUAGUUAGUUGGCUGAUCGAUCACGUGGAUCCAACCACUUCUCGACUGGAGAUAUUUGGAAGAACAAUCCAACUAUCCUCCAAGCUGUUUGAGGAUGUCAUGGGAAUCCGGGAUGGCGGAGAACCCGUGGCAACCGAAAGUGAGCGUGACCUGGUUGAGUUUGACGUCCUCUUCAAGGCCAAGGACUAUAGGUAUUCCCUGACUUUGCUGGAGAAUGAGCUCAGGGAAACCAGCGACAGUGACUACCUGUUUCUCAUUAAGUUUCUCCUUGUCUGUAUUGGAACUGUGUUGCUGCCGAAGAAUGGUACCGAGGUCAGCACUAGCUACAUGCAUUCUUUAGUUGACAUAAGGUCAAUUAAGAAGAAGAAUUGGGCGACUACCGGAUAUCGAUAUCUAAUGAGCUCUCUACACCGGUACAAGACGAAGAACACCAAAAAUGUCUCCGGUUGCACGAUAUUUUUACAGGUAAGUUUUCGAAUUAUUGUGAUGGUAGUAAUUUUAUUCUCUCGUGUACUGGUGUGGUAA